AUGAGGCCCGGGGGCGCGGGCUGCCCUGCCAGGCUGCUGCUGGCUGUUGGCUGGUUGUUCCUGGCCGGCCUCCAGUCCGCUUGCGGGGCGAACGUCACCUCCGAGCCGGAUCCCGGCUUUGCCAGCCCAGGGGAUGAAGAGGAGGGCGAGGUCCUGGGCCAGGGCGAGAGCAUGGGCAUGGGCCAGAGCAACGAAAACGACGGCGAAAGCGAACACGAAAGCGAACACGAGCAUGCGGGCGAGACCGACGGGGAGGCCCAGAAGGAGGCGGAGCAUUACACCGGCGAGGCGGAGCAUUACACCGGAGAGGCGGAGCAUUACACCGGCGAGGCGGAGCAUUACACCAGCGAGGCUGAACACACGACCCAGCCUGAGGAUGAAUCUGAGGAGGAUGGUGAAGUUGCAAAUACGAAAGUAGUCAAAGAAGUAGAAUUUGGGAUGUGCACCGUUACAUGUGGUGUUGGUAUUAGAGAAGUUAUAUUAACAAAGGGAUGCCCUGGAAGUGAAUCAAAGUGCAUUGUACGGGUGGAAGAAUGCCGCGGACCAGUAGACUGUGGCUGGGGUAAACCACUAUCAGAGAGUUUUGACAGUGUUAAACUGGAAUGUGUUCAUACAUUUCCUGAAAAUCGGUUCAAAUAUAUUUGGAAAAUUCUAAGGCCAGAGCAACAAUCCAUUAUACUUUCAAAUGAUUCAGCAAUCCUGGAAGUACAUAGGCCAGUUCACCCCUUGGAUUUCGAGUGUAAUACCGUGGAAAAUAAUGAAGUAGUAGCAUCUAUCAAAUUCACAGUCUAUGCAUCAAGUGAAUUGCAGAUGAGAAAAUCAGGACGAGCAGACACUGAUGCAGUCCUAGUUUUUGUGCUGACCAUAGGAGUUGUGAUGUGUAUAUUUGUGAUUUUUGUACUGAUCUUCAUAAUUAUAAACUGGGCAGCAGUAAAGUCUCUCUGGGAGCCAAAAGCCACAGAAACUGAGGUACGUUCUGAGCUGACUGCAGUGAGACACAAAGUGUCAACUUCUAUUGAACAGUCAACAACAAGAGUACAUGGACGUGAAGAUGAUGCACUGAGCGAGUGGAAUGAUUAA